GAGAACGCGCGCGUAUCCUGCUCGCUCGUACGACGAGCAAAGUUCCGGUCGCCGAUCGCUUACCGUUGCAGCUAUUCCGUUCCAUCCGUAUCGACGAAAGAUGCAAGCCGUCAAGGCAGGGAGCCCGUUGCCGGAGGAAAUGUCUUUGGCGGUGGACAGCAAGCUGAUCGUGGGCAUACCCCGCGUCGCUACCACCACCAAGGACAAUGCUCCUGUCCACAUCGACGUCGGUGGCACCAUCUAUACUUCGUGUCUGGAAACGUUGACUUCAUAUCCGGAGUCUAGACUGAGCAAGAUGUUCAACGGCACGAUUCCAAUAGUCUUGGACACUCUGAAGCAGCAUUACUUCAUCGACCGUGACGGUGGCAUGUUCCGCCAUAUCCUCAACUUCAUGCGUUACAAAAAGCUGUUGCUGCCGUCUAACUUCCAAUACUUGGACCUGCUGAUCCAUGAGGCGCAGUUCUUCGAGCUGGACAACAUGGUGUAUGCGCUGACGAAGGUGAAGGUAGAAAGGGAAGGCAUAAAGCAGGACAGGGAGUGGCUGAGUGAAGCUACUGAACGUCUGAGGAAGGAAACUGAGAUGUUGAUGCACGAACGUGACCGCCUGCAACAUCGCUGGUCUUAAGCAGAGACUACAGUUUCUAAGAACAUCAGCUGAUCCACAACCGAAGAGACGUCGCAUUUAAGUAUUACUUUUAAGUUCUUUUUGAAGUACCGUUUCGUAUUUACUAUUUAGAAUUUGUAAUCAAUUUAUUUUCAGUAGAAUUCCAAAGUUAGUUAUAUUUAGUUACGUUAGUUAUGUUUUUAAUGAUUUUCUAAUUAGGCAUAGUAGCGAGAGUUUAGUUAUUAUAAUAAUAAAUGAGUUAUCAGUAGGAGACAUCAUAAAACUUUAUUAGUUUUAAAUUUAAUUAUAAAAUUAUCUUAGUUUUAACAUUCAGAAUUCGUUAACACGUUAUAGGGAUUCACAGAAAUAAUUUUGACUAUGUAGGAUAUAGUAAACCUAAAAUUAUAUAACUUGCUUAAUUGCUAUAUGGAUUUAAUUUACCAACCGACUAGAUACUUCUGUACCUAACGCAAUAUUUACAUACAAUAAAUGUAUAGUUGGUAACCGACUGUAGAAUUCAGGUACAAAAAUAUUGUUCAGGAUAAUGCAUUCAUAAUGCAUUCAUUGUCGUAUCCAAAUUUUCUUAGGUAUGUUAUUUCUAAGAACCUAUAUUUUUUAUUCCUGUGAAUAUUUAUAACGUGGAAAAUAUUCGUUGUUCCUUUAUAAAAACA